UAAAUACGAUGAGUAAAAUGUUGAACGAAAUCUGUGAUAUGCUGGACGGAUACACCGGCAGAGAUAAGAUAAUUCGCACACUAUGCUACACUACCAAGCUGGCGUCUGGGCUGUAUGCCCAGUCCGAUCCGACAAGAGCAAAAAAAUUGGCCAUAUUUAGCUCCAAAAUGUCACAAACUCGGGCCACCCUGCGACUGUUCGACGAUUUGCCUAUGCUUGCAUACAGUCUGAGCUAUGGAUACGGCAGCAAAGAACCGGACCGGUGGAUGGGUUUGAUCGGCUUCGUCACGAAUUUGAUCGAUCAUGCUUACUAUCCGGUAGACAAGAUAUGUUGGCUGAUCGAGCACAAUCUGCUGAACGUUGAAAAUCCUACCCGUUGGGACACGAUCAACUCAAUGCUCUGGGUCGCUUCGAUUUACCUCAAUCUGAUGAAGACCAUUCGGAGCUUCACUGUGAUGGAACAACAUAAAUCAUGCAUCGAUAAAAAGGAAAACGAAAGCAGCCAAGCAUUCCGCAUGUUGCUGAUAAAACAGCGCAUGGAGGCCAUAUCGAUAUUGCGUUUGUCGCUGGAUCUGAUCCAUGCCGGUAGCACGCUGCCACAGGGAAUGCUUUGGGGCGGUCGUUUCCAAACUUGGCACGUGGGACUGAUCGGAAGCAUAUCGUCAUUGCUCGGUCUCUAUCAAUACAUCGCUAAGAAGCGAAUCGUUAAGCAGAGUUCCUAG